GUUUCUGCUCCAUUCACACUGAGCAGGCAGAACAAGUGUGUUGUCCGAAGGCAGGGAGGCUGAGCUGGACCGGCCGAAAAAUACCAAUUCUGCAGUUGAUGGACUGAGAUCCACCUUAACAGGGGUAGCUGGAGCUAGCAGGCUGAGCGGGCUAGUGCUUAGACCAGCAGAGACAACAGCUGCCACUGAAGACAAGCUCCAUCCCAGAACAACAUAGGAGGAUUGGGGAAGAAAAUAGACACCACUCCACCAAUCUCCUGCCCCAAGCAACCCUUUUCCUGCCAGCCACGUCUAACCUUUCUGGAUUACAAGGGCCAAGCGCACAGAGGGCAGAAUGGGUUUUCCAAAGGUUUGUUUUUCUAUCCUCCCAACCAAGGGAAUAAACUAGAAGAAGGAAAAGCCUGGGGCAGCCUGCAUGGUGCUGAGAGGAGUGAAGCGCCUGAAAUAGCAUUCUCCAGUUGGUGUGUCUGAAGCACCUACUCAUGGAAUCCCUCCACACAACGGUCUUAGCGAUGGGUCUGAAACACGAAGCCUUUGCACUCAUCCUGCUGGUGAUCUGAAAUGUGUACCUGGGACAGAGCAGGCACUGACCAACGGCAAUGAACCUGGGCAGCUCCUAGUUCCGCUGGUGUGGAUCUUCAUUACCCCUUCACUGUGAAAGUGUGGCCUGGGCUCCCCAAGGGCUCCCCUGAAAGAUGAGUGAUGGCGCGUGGAUCUCCCUCAGCCCGACAGAAUUUUCGCAGCUCCAGCAAUAUUCUGAUUAUUCCACUAAGAAGCUGAAGGAUGUCUUGGAAGAGUUCCAAGGGGACGGAGUCCUCUCAAAAUAUAACCCAGAACAGAAGCAAGAUACCCUGAACCAACCCAUUGACUACGAGGGGUUUCGGCUCUUCAUGAAGACGUACCUGGAGGUGGAUAUUCCUGAGGAGCUCUGCCAGCACCUCUUCAUGUCCUUCAAACGCAAGAUCUGCCAGUAUUCCCCAGAGUCUCGGCGACAAGGUUCCAGCAUCUCACAGCUCAACAUCCUGGAGCCAAAAUCCAUUGAUGCGGGCAUCUCCAUCCAGACUGAAGUGGCCUGCGCCCCCGUCACAGGGAUCAAUGGGAAAACUCUCUUAAGUGCCCUGGGAAGACACACUCCUGACUCCAGGAGCUCCCCCUCUAGCCUCGCAGAGCAGCAGUCCGCUUCUCUGAUCCCUACACCUCUAGCCAACACCAGUGCCCUCGGGAACGCCUCUCCCAACUGGUCCAGGUCCUCCUCUCAGAAAUCCACCGCCGGCACCCACUCUGCUCACAACUCAUCAGGCUCCUCGAAGAUCUCCGCCGGGGCUGUGCUCAGCCCUCAGUCCCCAGGCUCGCGAAGCCUAGAGAAGAGGUUACCGUUCAGCCUGCGCAAGACCCACAACUCCCUGAAAAUGGCCAAUCCGCACCAGCCAGCCCUCAUGUCUCAGGUAGCCUACCUGAAGGACAUUGUUUGCUACCUGUCGCUGCUGGAAAGGGGCCGGGCUGAAGACAAGCUGGAGUUUAUGUUUCGUCUCUACGACACCGAUGGCAACGGCGUCCUGGACAGCUCGGAGCUAGAUCGGAUCAUCAACCAAAUGGUGCACGUGGCAGAAUACUUGGAGUGGGACUCGACGGAGCUCAAGCCGAUUUUGAAGGAGAUGAUGGAGGAAAUAGACUAUGAUCAUGAUGGCACCGUGACGCUGGAAGAGUGGAUCCGGGGCGGCAUGACCACCAUCCCCUUGCUAGUCUUGCUGGGGAUGGAGACUAAUGUGAAGGAUGACGGGCAGCAUGCCUGGAGACUGAAGCACUUCAAGAAACCUGCCUACUGCAACUUCUGUCGCACCAUGCUGUUGGGGGUCCGGAAACAGGGCUUGUGCUGCUCCUUUUGUAAAUAUACCGUCCAUGAACGGUGUGUGUCCAAAGAGAUUGCCUCGUGCAUCAGCACAUACGUGAAAUCCAAGAGGAACACCAAUGUCAUGCAGCACACCUGGAUCGAGGGGAACUCCCCUGUCAAGUGUGACAGGUGCCACAAAAGCAUCAAGUGCUACCAGGGUAUUACCGGGCUACACUGUGCAUGGUGUCAAAUCACACUUCACAACAAAUGUGCCUCCCACGUGAAGCCAGAGUGUGACGGGGGGCAGCUCAAGGACCACAUCUUGCUGCCUUCUGACAUCUGCCCAGUGGUUCUGGACAGGCAGUCCCACCACAGGAAAUCAGACAGCGAUUCCCCUGCCAGCACCUGUCCAGACGACACCGCCCAGACCAAAUUCAAUACCACCACACUGGACGGGCACGGCCUGCAGAUCACCCCCAGGCCCGGGACCCACCCUCUGCUGGUGUUCGUGAAUCCCAAGAGUGGAGGGAGACAAGGAGAAAGAGUCCUUCGGAAAUUCCACUAUCUGCUCAACCCCAGACAAGUGUACAACCUGGACCGAGGGGGACCGACUCCUGGGUUGAAUUUUUUCCGUGACGCCCCAGACUUUCGUGUCCUGGCAUGCGGCGGGGAUGGGACUGUUGGCUGGAUCCUGGACUGCAUAGACAAGGCGAACUUGCUGAAGCACCCCCCUGUGGCUGUCCUGCCACUGGGAACCGGCAACGACCUGGCCAGAUGUCUGCGCUGGGGAGGAGGUUAUGAAGGGGGCAGCCUGCUGAAGGUGCUGAAGGACAUUGAACACAGCAUCGAGGUCAUGUUGGACCGGUGGCGGAUUGACGUGAUCCCCACAGACAAGGAGGAGAACGGAGACCCUGUCCCGUACAGCAUCAUCAACAACUAUUUCUCCAUAGGCGUGGACGCCUCCAUCGCGCAUCGAUUCCACGUGAUGAGAGAAAAGCACCCUGAGAAAUUCAACAGCAGGAUGAAGAACAAGCUGUGGUAUUUUGAAUUUGGCACGACUGAAACCUUCGCUGCUACCUGCAAGAAGCUCCACGACUACCUAGAGAUCGAGUGUGACGGAACGCUCCUGGACCUGAGCAGUACCUCACUGGAGGGCAUCGCCGUCCUCAACAUCCCCAGCAUGUAUGGCGGCUCCAAUCUCUGGGGCGAGACCAAGAGACAGCGCAGCUAUAACCGGAUGAGCAAGAAAGUGCCCGAAAAGUUGCACUCCACGGUGGUCACUGAUGCCAAGGAACUCAAGUUCUGCGUCCAAGACCUCAGUGACCAGCUCCUGGAAGUGGUGGGUCUCGAGGGAGCGAUGGAGAUGGGGCAGAUCUACACCGGACUGAAGAGUGCUGGAAAGAGACUGGCUCAGUGUUCAUCCGUUACCAUCAGAACAACAAAGCUGUUGCCCAUGCAGGUGGAUGGAGAGCCCUGGAUGCAGCCUCCCUGCACAAUAAAAAUUACCCACAAAAGCCAAGUGCCGAUGUUGCUGGGCGCUCCCCAGAAGAGCAGCUUCUUCUUCCUGAAGAGAAGAAACCGAACUCAAGACUAAAAAAGCAAAGAAAUCAAGUCCAGAGGUGACAACGCUGCAUCCCGCUGGCAACUGCUGCAAGGAAGGCUUGUGGAAAAGGACCCUUCAUCUCUUCAGAGUUCCUGACUUCUCGCUCUGCUUUGGAAACAGCAGACCGGAGGCAGUGGUUUGAACAGCAAGUGGAAAAGAGCAGCCAAUGGUUCCAUGUGAAAUGAGGUGUGGUUUGGGUUUGUACACACACACACACACACACACACACACACACACA